GUAAAGUACUGUACGAUUAUUCGAACAAAAAUGCUUCGUAAUACUGAAAGUACAACACCAACACCCCACACCUACAGUACUACCUCGCGCUUCUCCCUAGACCCUCGCAAAAUAGCAAGGGGUAUUGUYGACAACAAUUUCCCAUGGCAUCCGGAACGGUAUCAUCGAAGAAUGCUGUUUUCGACCGCYGUCCCGAUCGAUCUGUUUCGACGGCGUCGACCAAGCCAACAACAACAACAACAUUAGAAACAACAUACUACUGUCGAACCAACUGGGAUGGCGUGGAUUUGCCGAGGGAGCCCUCCCUGAAGCUGGUGGACGACGAUUGCUUCUUUCAGCUCAUYGGUAGCUACCACCCGAACGACACCGGGAGUAAGCGCCGCCGCUACCUCGAUUUUGUCCGCGGAUUCACGAACCUUUCCGCUUGCCAAAAACGACGGUUUGUUCGGGCAGACCUCGAAGACGGGGUGGUGGCAGCAAGGAAAAAGAACUAUAGAAAAAAGACAUCGAGGAAGCACACCUCGGUACCUUUUUCCGUUCGCAAGCAAGAAAUAGAAUUGGUCCAGAGAGGCCUCCCCCGGCAUCCAAGCCAAACCCAUCUCUCUAAACCCAGUUUUUACCCGCUUCCUUGGUCGAAACCCUCGCGGAUUACCAGCCUAAUUUCCGGCGCACGAAGUAGGAAGAGAAACUACAAUGACGCCAAGAGCGACGACAGCGUCGAUUUCUUCGAAGACGAGUCAGAAUUCUUCGCCGAUUACUGCAASAGAAAGGAAGAGGAGUCACUGGAUGUGGAUCCAGAACUGGAUGGGUUGCAACUCGUUUUUUCCGAAAACAUUAAGCACAUCGACGAAGAAGAACGCAGGCGGCGGCUUGGCUUCGACGACGAAAACUCCGCGUCCACGUCCACGUCCACGUCCACGUCAUCAUCUCCCCACACCCACGAAGCAGAAGAAGAGUCCCUAGAAGCAGAACCGGCGUACGAACCCAAAAUCGGCGUCGUGUCGCUCCCCACCCAGGCCAUGAUUCUGCAAGCAAAACUGGAGGCCAGGUGCCGAACCGUGCCCGAAGACCACAAGAUCAAGUUCCUGGGGGCGAUAGCGCAGGCAUCCGCACUGGGGCAGUUUACGAGGCUCAGGGAACACACCAUCGAAGCCUACGGCCAAAAGAUAGAAAAGUACGAGGCCGCGGAACUGCCGUCGGCAACGUGGGUAAAGGGCARUGAAACGGUGGUCCUCCCGGCGUGGGAUCCAGCCCGGGCUCAAUUUCAAAUUUUUAGGGAGGCGGUUGCACUGGGUGGCAUCAAGGCACUCAAGCCAACCAUUACCACCAAUUACGGCCAAGUUGUCACACGAACCAGAGACGCAAUCGAGGAAGACCACGUCGACGUCGACGAUGCAUCAAAACCCAAGUACAUGCGUACCAAAUACCUGACGGAUUUGUAUUUGCACUCGGAACAAAGAAAAUGGUCUUCGGACAACGAAACCAACGAAGUCGAGCAGCGGGUCUGGUACCAGAGCCUCGAUGACGUCGAGUUGCCCACGGAUCGAUGCCCGGUUCGAAGGCCCGUGGCAACGAACAGGACCCACGCGGAACUUAGAGAAUCCAUUUCUCGGCAGGUGGCAGAGAAAGUAUGGGAACGCAGAUAUCGCUUGGAGCGCCCGAGAGCGCAACAGCGCAUCACGACCCAUUGCAGCUGCAAAUUCUGUAAUACGUCCAGCCCGUACCAGACCCUUGCGUAUCGAAAGAGAUGGCUCGUGCAGCAGAACUUGUGGAACGAGCCACCGCYSAAUGAGGAAGCAGUGUGCWUAGAAUGCGUGUCAGAGAAUGGCUCUGAUUCGAGUCAAUCGUUUGCUACCGAAGAAGUUGAAGGAUUGCAAAACUCUUUUUUCAAAAUGUUCAAACUUGGUGGAGAAAAAAYAGGGAGCGGUGGAACAAGWUUGGAUCGACCAACGACGAAACUAAGGGGAAAAUUAAUGGAUUCACUUUUGGGACUGAGUCAACACUCAAAAGACCGAAAGGAACGAUUGGAAAWGGUCCGGAAGGRACGGCUGGAAAAGUCUCGAAACAAGCGMUCGGAACUUGAUCAAAAACAAGCCAGCAAUGAAAGAGGACUAUUUGGGAAUGGAAUGCGCUCCUUAUUCAGCAACACUUCGCACCAUAGGAGAACGAAGAGCAAUUAAUCUUUCGAGCUACAGCAAGAGAAAGGGRCAUUUGUCAAACUUUGAGUUUGACAUGAUGGCAAAGAUUGAUGUUGAAAAAUUCCUGUUCGAUUUCAUUGCAUUUCGGAAUUGAAUGUUACCACAACAGUCUUGCAGACGGUAACAACGGCGACCUUUUUAUUCACGAUUCGAAUGAUAUCUUCUUCCUGUAUGGGGGACCUUUUCAUCUCUUUUACAAGGCAUCUCGCUAACUCAAAUAAUCCGAUGAAUGAAUUUGUCAAGAACCAGUAGAGAUUGAUCGAAUUCGGCAAUCAUAAUCAACGAUCAAAUUUACGCGGGGCCCAUCCCUGGACUGUGCUUGAACACAGAGCAAACAGGUCUUUUCACAUUAAAUCGUUAGUACAAUCAUAUCAUUYUUUCCUACUGCUGURCAAAAAAAUACACCGKACCUCACAGACUUGCCAUUGAUUCAAACAAMAGAACUUAUAGUCACCUAGAAUAAUUCGAUAAAAGUGCUGUAUUUUCAAUUUAUUGGAGCACUAUCAUGAMAUUGACAUGUAMAAAUACAUCGAUUUGACUUAAGAUUUACAAUAGUUUGGCAUGCAUGGUGAUGAUGGAGUCAUCGCUUCUUUGCAAAACGAGUCUACAUGAUGCGUCGAAAAUUCAACGGUAUGUAUGAUCUUUACGAAAUUGCUGGUACGUCGGUAGCCCUUCAUACGACGUAAAAUGGAACAUAGCCUUCUUCUCGAUGUUUGAGAUCUUUGCAUGCUUUUUCUUAGCGUAUGAGAGGCUGCUUCGAGCUGAUUCUUUUGGUCUKCUAUCGAUGCAAUUGCAUAUGGGAUCGGUUGUAUUUUAUUUGGGCAUUUGAUCUUCGGGUCAUCUAGUGACGAUAUAAAUGGAGGGAAAGAACUUUGAAUCAUUGUUUGUGAGGAUGGAGAGCACCUACUAGGUACUUCUUGGUCCAGAAGACAAUCCGGAACGCAUUCGAAAAGGUUCUCCAUGCUUAAUGGUAACAAACCGUCUCUUUCUUCGAGCUGCAUGAAGGUGCCCUCUUCAUCUUCGUGUGAAACAAUUCCAGCUUCUGAUGAUAGAUCCAUCUCGCUUUCGUCGAAAUCCCAAGGAUGGAAAGAGUCACUAGCGUCUGGAUGCAAUGAAUGGGUUUUCUUAUUUUUGUUUUUCGUCGAAGUUUCGGCACCCUCCACAUCUUCCGAUAUCUUGCUAUCAGCGGCAAGAUAAGUGCCAGCGGGCGAGACCGCUUUCAGCAAAAUGGGCCCCAUUGUUAGCAGAAAGUGUGGACAAAAAUGUUGUUACAGAUUACAACUGACUACUUUGUUGGAGACAAGGUGAAAUGGCAUGGGUAUUGGAAGGAAGAUCGUAUUMAAAAACAAAAAAGCACAAUAACG